AGCAAAGGUUUAGUUCCAGUGAUUGUAUAUACAGUGUUCGGGUAAAGGGACUCCAGAAGGCAGACAAGGCUCGACUCCAGACUCUAGUUGAAGUAACAGAAGAGAGAGGAGUGUCCAGUGUUUAGUUGACUCCAGACUCUAGCGUAGCAGAAGGGAGAGGAGUGACGUUGUCGACUCCAGACUCUAGCGUAGCAGAAGGGAGAGGAGUGACGUUGUUUUAGUGAUCCCACAGAUUCCAGUCGACAGAUACUAUCUGUGUUCUGUGACGUGGAAAGAGUGGGUUUUUGUUUUAUAGUUAUCAGUUCCAGUUUUACUUGAAGUCCUCAUCAUUCAGAAGUCCCUCAUAUAGUAAGAAGAACAUCAUCAUCAGGAGUAGUAGUUUUAAUUUAAUAGUAGUUUAAUCUAAUAGUAAAAAAGACAUUGUUUAGUUUAGUAUUGAAAUGUGUUUUAACUAUUAGUCAGAGCAGAGUAGUGUGAGUUACUGAGUCACACCAUAUCAAUCAUUCACUAUUUAAGAGAGUACAUUGUAGAGUAACAAGGUUACUUUUGACACAAGAUUUGUAUAACCUCUUUAUUCAUCUAAUUUGUAUUUAUAAUAAUUGAGUAUUAUUUGUUAUUUAAUUAACCCAAGAACAGGGUUCCAACAGUGGUAGCAGGAAGAACUACGUUACACCGACCGUAUUUUUUUUUGGAUAUAUUUAAACUAACACCUAACAACUUAACACCUAACACUAGAUUUCAGUUUUCAUCAUGGGAGGUGAUAGAGUACCUGUUCUUGAUGAGAAGUCCAACUAUACAGAUUGGAAACGGAGAGUUCAGUGGUGGAAGAAGGUGACUACCGUCAAGCCUGAGGCAGGAGCAGCUGCAUUAAUCAUGAAUAUGUCUGGAAAACCAGAAGCUGUGGCUAUACAGCUAGACGUAGAAAAGUUAUCCAUAGAUGGAGGAAUAGAUGUUCUCAUUGCCGAGCUGGAUAAGUUAUAUGAAAAAGACCAGACACAGUCAGUCUUUACAUCCAUUGACAGCUUCAUGAACUACAGAAGACCCAAGGAAGUGCCCAUGGAAGAGUAUGUGAGAGAAUUUAGCCAUCGUUACAAGAGCCUUGUGCAGAAGCGUGGUGCUACUGUGGUAUUUGAAGAUGGGGUACUAGCGUACUUCUUAUUACAUCAUGCUAAUCUCUCGGACCAUCAAAAGACAUUGAUCAGGGCAACGGUCUCUAAGUUAAGCUACGAGAAUAUGGAAUCCCAGCUUAAAAGAGCAUACGGAGAAGAUUAUACUAAUACAUCUUCUUCUUCAUCAAGCGCAAGCGGUGAAACAUAUUCCAUCGGAAAACCAAAGAUUAAAGAAGAGCCUGUAAAUACGUAUUUUCAACAGUACGACAUCAACAAUGCAGAACAUUUUGGUGAUGACCAGAGCAACCAGGAGGAAGACCCUCAGAAAGUUUUUUAUCAACAAAGAUACCACCAACACAGGGAUUUUUAUCCAUCUAAGAGACCUUUCGGACAAAGACCCUUCGGACAAAGACCUGCAUUUCAAGGACAGAGUUCAGGAAACGUGUAUCAACAAGCUCCAUUUAGAUCCAGACGAGGAGCACAAGCCCAACAAUCAGGACCCUUACGUUGUCAUAUUUGUAAGGAAACAGACCAUAUGAUGAGAGACUGUAAGUACAACACAUUUGGAGAGAAGAAGCUUACAUUCUUUGAGUCUGACUUUAAACUAAAAGACGAAGACAAGUGUCUUAUGGGAGAAUCGAAAAAUAGAGCACUUUUAGAUACAGGUGCUAGUUCCACAGUGUGUGGGAAGAAAUGGCUGACAGUCUUCGAGGAAUCUCUUACAUCAGCUGAACAAGAAGAGGUCAAAGUGACCUCUUGUGAGAAGAAUUUUUGUUUCGGGGAUGGAGAUGCAGUUACAGCCAGAUACAGAAAAUACUCCCAGUAACAAUAUGUGGUCAGAAAGUAACUUUAAACGUGUUUAUUGUGGAAAAUGAUAUUCCUCUGUUACUGUCUAGAGAGUCCAUGAAAAAGAUGAAGAUGAAGAUCGAUACUGAAACUGACAAAGUUUAUGCUUUCGGAGGAGAAGAGAAUCUAGUGAUCACUAAGUCAGGACACAUGAUGAUACCCAUAGGACGAUGUGAAAGUUCUAUCAGCCAAACAGAUUCUGGAAGAACUAAUCAUGCAACAGAAACUAAGGUCCGUCCUGUUUUAGAGGAGAAGAUUACAUCGCCAUGGUCACUAAGUGACGAUGAAAGUGAUCAAGAGGAGGAGUUAGAAACAUUCAGUGGAGCUGACAAUGAGAGUGUGCAAGACAAUGAGCCAGAAAUUGAGCCAGAUAGUGAGCUAGAGGACCAUGGAGUUGUGAGCUCAGUUUCAGGUAAUGUGGAUCAAGACAGUGAGCCAGAAAGUGAGCCAGAAAUUGAGACAGAAAUUGAGCCAGAUGACCAUGGAACUGUAAGUUCAGUUUCAGGGAGUGUGAAUCUGUCAGAUCUGUCAGUGAAUCAGUCGGAUUGGGAAAGUGUGUGUCAAACCAGAACAGGCGUGGGUGUAAAGAAGAAUGACAUUAUCAGGUUCAGAUCCUCGGAGAGUGAUGAUUGGAAUAAUGCCUUGGUGAUAGGUAGAGCCGGGAAACCUACAGGGAAGAACAAAAAUCUUUACAAUGUACGACUGGACGAGUCAAACGGUGAACCCGUAUCAGUUGAGUUGGAUAACUCUGUACAAGUGCAGAGGUUAAAGAUUGUUCAGGAUGUCUCACGAAGAGAGGUGCAGUUUUCAGCAAGCUCGCUUAAGUCAUAGAUCAAGGAUACUGUGAAUAUGUCAGAGAGAGUAUAACUGUUUUGGACUUUAUGUUGUAGAAAGAGAUUGAAUAUUUUUGCUCGGAUUAUUUGUUGUUUGAAAUGUCAAUUUGGUUAAACAAUAACUUUUUAACGUCAUUUGUAAUAACUUUUAACUUUAAAUGUGUGUGUAUAUAUUAGUAUUGUUAGAAUUACCAACUUUGUAACGAGUCAUUUUUACAUUUUUCACCUUUCAGAGACUUUUAACCAUGCACGAAGUGUUUGUAUUUAACAGAUUUUAAUUUUUUUAAACAUUUGUAACUCUUUACACGUAUAUUAUUUUUGUGUUUUUAUGUUCUAGAGAAGUUUCUCGAACAGAAGUUUUGGGAGGAUAUUUUUGACAAUUUUUUGUCGUUAGUUCAUAUUUUUUUUACUGAGAAUGUAGUAAGUUGGGAAUGUUUGAUGAAAAGUUAGUGAAUCCCAUUUUUAGGAACCAGUCUAUCCUUUCUUUUCUUUUCUCUUAGUCUGGUAACUGAACUUUGGUUGUAUUUGCUAAAUUUUCAACAAUUUUGGGAGAAAGAUAGAUUAGUUAGCGAAUUUAGACGUGUGUACCAGCUUUAGCGCUUCUUUUCUUUGUGUUGUAGCGCACGGUCACAUUUGUCAGUUGAUUUGCUAAAUUUUCUAUUACAUGGUGUAGAGAUAAUAAGGAUUAAUAGAUACAAUUUAAAGUACAUUUUGUACGUGACAUGUGUAAUAAAAUUACCGCUAACAGAAUAUUUCAGAUUCCUACUUCUAAAAGUCUAACAUUUCAGUUUCAAACUUACUUUUCAGAAAGACGAUCCUUUUCUUCUCAAAGACAUGAAAGUGUUUACCUGAUAUUACUUUAUUAACUUGCAUCUUCUGUAGGAAGUGUUAACAGGGGAUGUUUGGUAUUUUCUGUUGGGAUGUGCUCGGAGCAGCUUGCUCAGCGUGAGUUUUGUUUUAUAAGAAUGCUGUCGUUUCGAUCAACAUGCUAUUACAUGUUCUUCACUGAUCCCGAGCCUUUAGGGACUCAGUUUGAACCUGUUUUUAAACGACAGAAUUCAUGUAUUUUACGUUUUAGAACUGUUUAGUACAGUGGUGUGUGUCAAUGAUUUGUUAGUGACUCAUUAUUGACUCUCUAGAGGUUGUGUUUAAAGCUUGAAUAGCUCCUAAUAUUUAGUUUUAGUACGCAGUGUUUCUGUCAUUAAGAUAACUCGAUACAGAAAUCUCUAAAGAUCACACUUGAUUACAGUGUUGGACGGGUAUUUUUUGUGCACCUGUCAGUCCUAGAACGAUGCUUCAGUUCCGUUCAUAGAAAAGAGAUUUUCGUAUUAAGAACUUUGAUAGUUAAUUAGCUAAUAGUUAGACUGUAUUAAUUCUAUCGGACGUUUUGUACAAGUAUUAUAUCUCUCAGAUCUCACGCUCAGCGUGGAAGGCAGUCAUUUUAGCCACUAGCCUGUUUUACAGCGGAUGUUUUUCCCGCGUUAACAGAGAUUUAAUCCACUUGUACCACGUGACUCGCCGAAUAUGGAAUAAUCGUUAACUGCUUUUUUAGUUAUCUGCUUUUAUGACAGUGGACAUGACACGUAUUAGAUUUGCCUUUGUUUGAGCCGCGCAUUUGUAGCUCAAACUCAUAGAAAGUAUCUUUUUCGUUUAGCGCGCACGACACGUUUUUGUGUUGCGUGUGGGGAUUAGAAUAUUCUUAACUCUACGGUUUUUGCUAGAGUUUAUUUCCUAAUUUUAACUCGGAUAGUCGGAUAGUAUUUUUUAACAAAGAAAGUAUAGGGAGUUAUGACUUUAAGAUUGUAAAAGUCAUGAGUUAAAUUAUUAGUAAGUACUUUUUCUUUUUUAAAGUAGGGGGAAUGUUAGAAUCUUAAUUCUAUUUGUAGCUUGUUUUUGUACUUCAUAUUACUAACCCUGUAUCUCACUUUAGCAAAGGUUUAGUUCCAGUGAUUGCAAUUGUAUAUACAGUGUUGGGGUAAAGGGACUCCAGAAGGCAGACAAGGCUCGACUCCAGACUCUAGUUGAAGUAACAGAAGAGAGAGGAGUGUCCAGUGUUUAGUUGACUCCAGACUCUAGCGUAGCAGAAGGGAGAGGAGUGACGUUGUCGACUCCAGACUCUAGCGUAGCAGAAGGGAGAGGAGUGACGUUGUUUUAGUGAUCCCACAGAUUCCAGUCGACAGAUACUAUCUGUGUUCUGUGACGUGGAAAGAGUGGUAAGUAGUUUAUAGUUAUAGUUUAGUAGUUUAGUCUAGGAGUUCCCGCUUCCUCUUUCACUUUCAUUUAUAGUUUCACGUGGAUUACCUUUCACUUUACUCACGGUAGUUUUCCCCCAGGGUUUUUGUUUUAUAGUUAUCAGUUCCAGUUUUACUUGAAGUCCUCAUCAUUCAGAAGUCCCUCAUAUAGUAAGAAGAACAUCAUCAUCAGGAGUAGUAGUUUUAAUUUAAUAGUAGUUUAAUCUAAUAGUAAAAAAGACAUUGUUUAGUUUAGUAUUGAAAUGUGUUUUAACUAUUAGUCAGAGCAGAGUAGUGUGAGUUACUGAGUCACACCAUAUCAAUCAUUCACUAUUUAAGAGAGUACAUUGUAGAGUAACAAGGUUACUUUUGACACAAGAUUUGUAUAACC